GGCGGCGCUGCCGCAGGGCUCCCCGCAGCCGCGAUGAAGUUGCGGGCGAGCGGCGGGGCGGGCGGCCCCGUGUCCCCCCGCGCGGGGCCGUAGCCCGGGGCGCUCCUCCCGGCCGCGCUCCCCGCCAUGCUCUAACCCCGCCGGCGGCGCUCUGCCCCCUCGGGGAAGUUUGAUGGCUUCUUUGAGGAGAGUCAAAGUCCUGCUGGUGUUAAACUUGAUCGCCGUGGCCGGCUUCGUCCUUUUCCUGGCCAAGUGCAGACCCAUCACGGCCAAGAGCGGAGAUUCCUUCCGUGACAUCCAUCCCAGGGCAGAAGUGGCCAACUUGACCGCCCGCGGCAUCGGCUCCAUCCAGGAUGCCGUGCUGAAGAGGCUCUCCCUCCUGGAAGACAUCGUCUACCGGCAGCUGAACGGUCUGUCCAAGUCACUUGGUCUCAUUGAAGGCUAUGGUGGGCGCGGUAAAGGUGGGCUUCCAGCCACACUGUCCCCUGAGGAGGAGGAGAAGGCAAAGGGACCGCAUGAGAAAUACGGCUACAACUCCUACCUCAGUGAGAAAAUUUCACUGGAUCGUUCCAUACCAGACUAUCGUCCAACCAAGUGCAAAGAGCUGAAAUAUGGCAAGGACCUGCCUCAGAUCUCCAUCAUCUUCAUCUUUGUGAAUGAAGCACUGUCGGUUAUCUUGCGAUCGGUGCACAGCGCUGUUAAUCAUACGCCAGCUCACCUCCUGAAGGAGAUCAUCCUUGUGGACGACAACAGUGAUGAAGAGGAACUGAAGGCACCGCUGGAAGAAUAUGUCAACAAACGAUACCCAGGGCUCGUGAAAGUGGUGCGCAAUCAGAAGAGGGAAGGCCUUAUCCGAGCUCGCAUUGAAGGCUGGAAAGCUGCCACUGGCCAGAUCACUGGGUUUUUCGAUGCCCAUGUGGAGUUCACUGCCGGCUGGGCUGAGCCAGUUCUUUCACGAAUUCAGGAAAAUCGGCGAAGAGUCAUCCUUCCCUCCAUCGACAAUAUCAAGCAGGACAACUUUGAGGUGCAGCGUUACGAGAACUCUGCCCACGGGUACAGCUGGGAGCUGUGGUGCAUGUACAUCAGCCCCCCCAAGGACUGGUGGGAUGCCGGGGACCCCUCGCUGCCCAUCAGGACACCAGCAAUGAUCGGUUGCUCGUUCGUUGUGCACAGGAAGUUCUUUGGAGAGAUUGGGCUUCUCGAUCCCGGGAUGGAUGUGUAUGGAGGGGAGAACAUUGAGCUCGGCAUCAAGGUGUGGCUGUGCGGUGGCAGCAUGGAGGUCCUGCCUUGCUCCAGAGUGGCUCACAUCGAGCGCAAGAAGAAGCCCUACAACAACAACAUCGGUUUCUACACCAAGCGCAAUGCCCUGCGGGUGGCUGAGGUGUGGAUGGAUGACUACAAAUCACACGUCUACAUCGCAUGGAACCUGCCACUGGAGAAUCCGGGUAUUGAUAUUGGAGAUGUUUCUGAGAGAAAAGCAUUAAGGAAGAGCUUGAAGUGUAAAAAUUUCCAGUGGUACCUGGACCAUGUUUAUCCAGAAAUGAGGAGAUACAACAACACCAUUGCUUAUGGCGAGCUUCGAAACAACAAGGCGAAAGACGUGUGCCUUGAUCAGGGCCCACAGGAGAACCACACAGCGAUAUUGUACCCGUGCCACGGCUGGGGACCGCAGCUUGCACGCUACACCAAGGAGGGCUUCCUUCAUCUCGGCGCCCUCGGGACCACGACUCUCCUACCCGAUACUCGCUGCCUGGUGGAUAAUGUGAAAAGCCGCUUUCCUCAGCUCCUCGAUUGCGACAAGGUCAAGAGCAGCCUCCAUAAGCGCUGGAAUUUCAUACAGAACGGUGCCAUCCUGAACAAGGGAACAGGACGAUGCUUGGAGGUGGAGAACAGGGGAAUGGCCGGCAUCGAUCUGAUUCUUCGCAGCUGCACAGGACAAAGGUGGACAAUUAAAAAUUUCAUCAAGUAGAGGUUGGAAGAGUCAGUGGAAUUUGACUCAAAACACGGCUGACUUGGACUAAUCUGAUUGGACUCCUUUGGAAUGGACAAAAUAUCAAAACAGAGCUUUAUUCAUGUUAUUAGGAGAGGACAUGGGGGAAAUGGGCAUUUGUGUCUUUUUAUUUUUAUUGUACAUUAGUGUCCCACAGCUGAUUCCAACUGUGUGAAAUUGGGUCAGAACUGCUAUUUUCUUCUGGCAAGCACUCUUAAAAGGUACCACUUAUUUCUGCUGGAAUGACUGUAAUAAGUUCAUGCAGUCUUGUGAACAUUUUACUGACAGGGAAUUGUUGCUUUCCCAGGUGACUCCAAGCUCUCCCAAAGGGCCAGGUAGGUUUGCACCACGAUCAGAGUCAAGAGACUCUGGAGACAGCUGCCUGGCAAGCAUGAAAAUUUGUGUGCUUGUGAGAGGAAAAGGUUGCCAAGCCUCAAAUGAGCCGAGUUUGAAAGAUGUGAUGUUCUGCUAGGUCCUCUCUUUCUUAUCCCCUUCUUGACCCUGCGUCGAGCAGCCUCCUCCUUGAGUCUGGGAGAGCCAAAGCUUACCCUAGUAGCUCACGUGUCUUUCCAAUCCUUAAUCACAGAUGUCAUCGAAGAAAACCCUAUUGAAUAAACACACUGAUCUCGAAUCGCCCCCUUUUCACCACCCACACGCUGCUGUUGGCCCAGCCAUCGCCAUGCAGCACUAGUCCCUCCAGUGGUGACCCCAGAUGGGUUCCCCUUGGAAGAAACCUUCGAUAUCCACCUGUCCCUUUCAAAUCAGUCAGGUACACACAUGGUGCGGAGGGCUCGCAGGGUGCUUCCUGCCUUGCAGUAGCCCACACGUUGCACAGUAAAGAUGUUGGCCAGCUGGGAGCCUGGGGAGCUGCAGGUCCACCUUGCCCUCCCCGUGGGGCAAUUGGUGUGGCACUGUCCCCUUGGAGACCCACCUUUACCCUUUUUUUGCUCUUUUCUUGCAGAAGUGAGGAUGGAUGCAGUGGUGUCUGCAGCAGGCUGAGAGCAGGUAACACAAGGGAAAGUCCCACUUGGGCUUCUCUUCCCUGGGGGCUACAGGGUUUGGUUUUAAGGCAACCUUGCUCUGAAUGAAGACAUCAGUAAUGGUAACUUUGCAGUGGUGUAAUUUUUUUUUCUGAGGCUCAAGGGCAUCUAGCCAGCUUGCGACCAUGGUCGAGGUCCACCUCAAACAGCACAUGUUUCUGCAGUCCUGCAUGGGCAGUGAUGAAAUAAGGAAGGGAGAGGGAGAGCAAGAGACCAAGAAGUGGCAGUUUGGCUGAAAUUCUGGACCUUGAAGUCACUCGAGGCUUGUUAACACAGUGGGGUGAUCUCACCUGCUUUUCUUAGCCCACAGCUACCAAACCUACCCAGACAUCAUGGGAGACCAUUGAUUUGGGGUCCUAAUGUCUGGCUACCUGCAAAAGGGAAACAUGGUCUUGCAAAGUUGUUUUACAUGGAUGCUAGACUGAAGAGUGGAUGCAGGCUUCUCUCGGUGGAGAGGAGAAGCCAGCCCAUCUCCUGUCCUUCUCACAGAAUAAUACUCUUUCUGGUUGCCCUCUGGCUAGGGUGCACUAAAAUAUAUUAAUAUAUAAGAUGUAUGUGUAAAUAUGUUUCCCAAAGACGGGAUGUGCACAGAGUUGUUUGCUGCAGAGCGCUCAUGCCUGUCUUCCAUUUGCAUCAGGAUGAAGCUACCUGGAUGUUUAAUGAGUUUAAUUUUCAAUGCCACGCAGCGGGUUUAUAACUUAUGUUUUAGUAAUUUAUUGAACAGAAGCAGAGAGCUUUCAUUGUUCCUUCUACAGCAAUGAGUGUCACAUAGGACUGAUUGUUCAUUUAGGCUUGACUAGACUUCCUCAUCCAUUGGGGUUGUCUCUGAUUUUUUUUCCCUUGCCUUCCUUAAUGAAGCAAAACCUCUUAGUUGUCCUGAAUCGCAAAGUAGGGAGUCAACGUAGAAUUUUACUCUCUUAUUCGCUACUGCAUCAUCUCUUGUAUAAUAAAUUUUAGCACUUACGAACCCAACAUGAUCACAAUGUCUUUAGAUGCAUGAUAUGUUUCCCCUUGCAUUUGUUCCUGCCUUCUAAGAAAAGCAAUGUACUGAUGAAGUGGACUCCAAGGGGAGUCUUGGGGGAUUUAAGACUUCACAACUACUGGCCAAAAUGGUAAAAUGCCCUUUAAUUGAGCAAUCAGUUUGCUGUCAGUCAUCAGCGGAAGCCACAUAUCAUUUAGUUGGGAAAAGCCUGCAUGUUUCAGGAUAAACAAUCAAAAAGCCUUUGGAUGUUGCCUGUGCUAUAAUUCAUGGUUCCCGGUUCAGCUUUAGUCCUGCCAGUGCUCGGGGCGCCAACAGAUGGGCUUUGUCAGAUUUAAUUGUGGUGGUAUAAGGUGUCACCGCCCCCAGCCUUCCAUCUGCUUCAGCUGCUGGAGGCUUCUUGUCACCGGCAGCAGAAAUGACUGUGUGGCUGCACCUCAGCUACCGUAAUUGGCAGGAUGCUGUUCAGCCACCAGGCAGGAGGGACUUGCUCUAUUUAACACACCGCACUGUCAGCCCAAGUCGCUCUGGGAUGGCCACGUGGCUCUGCUCGGGAGGCAGCAGCCCCUGGCGGAAGCGGGAUGGACCGCUGAGCAUCUCCAGCUGCCUGGUGGCAUUUGUGCUGCCUGUUGGAGGUGGUGUCCGUGUGCUUGGGAGUCUGCCCUCAGCUGACACAAGAUCUUGAAGGCAAUGGGCUUUUUUGAUCCUUUUUAAAAAAUUAAAGUUCAGAUAUGUGUUUCCUUCCCGCUUCAUCAAGAAAGCAAACUGCUGAAUAUCCCAAAGAAAGGGGAUGCUACAAAUGGACACUUUGCCCCAGGACCCUCAUGUGGGGCAGAAACCCAGUUGAGGUGGCUUGCCUGUUCUCCCUGGUGUACAGAGUGCUUUCAAAUAACUGAAAAGAAGCAGCAUGAGUAAAAUCGGGAUUAAAAGCAAGAAUUUCAUCUGCUGUGUCCGUGUAACCGAAGUUCUGUUCUGACAUUAGUUUGUGACAUGCAGAGAUGAUUGCUGAGGUGACGACCCGAGGUCCACACCCUCCUAAACUGUAGAAAUCUGUCUUAGAAAUCUGGAUCUAAAUGUUGCAUCUUGCGCUUAUCUCUAAUAAUAUGUUAAUUGCUUUAAAAAGUGAUAUCGAAGUGGUUCUUAUUAAAUAUAUGAUUUGA